UCCACCGCGUUAUGUAAAUUUACGAGGGGUGUAUUUCCCGUCUAAUUUAAUGUAAACACCAAAAGCACCGACUUCUUCAAGACACGACCUUUGCCAUCUCUUUCGGUUUUCCACUUUUUUUAUUUAGUGUCAACUCAUGAACGGAAAUGAGAACAAUCAGAAUAACCGUUAUGACUUUCAGCAGAUGACUGAUGGCGAACAUGUUGCACCCUCUACUUUCGACUCGUCAAACAAUGCCAAUUCUUCACAGUCACAGCUUGCUAGCAGUGAACAGGCUUUACUUGCUAUUUUAGGAGGCGAUUUACAACAGAUAAAUACGAACAAUCCAAACCCCAAUGGCUAUCAACGAAAUGUUUAUCGUUCCGAUGGCUCUUUAAAUGUUCCUUCGGGAAACAUGCUGAAUCCUUCCUGGCCUGGCUAUAAUCCGAAUUUUGUACAAGGAAGGUAUGAUCCGCCUUUUCAGCCUUACGUGAUGACCCAUCAUCCUUCACAAUCUUUUCCGCAACCGAUGAUGGGAUCCACCCCGUCAACACCCUCCCAGCAGUCAAGUCUAUCUUCUAUAGGCUUACCUCCUCAAUUGUCUUCAGCUCUUCCACACCAAAAGCAAAAUCAAUUUGCUCAAUUGCUGGAACAAAACUCUGCCGCCUCUGCCCAAUUUCCUAAUGCAUUCUCUCAACGCUCAUCAGCCCCAGAUGAUACCGCGUCAAUCCCUUUACAUCCAAAUCAAUCAUUUGUUAAUACUCCGACCUCAUUCCCGAAUCUUCCAUACCCUUUAGACCCUUCCCAAGUUUCUACUCAGCAACUUUUAUCCACUUAUAGAGACCAAGUCGCUCCUUCCGUUCGUCCUUACUCCUACCGAACCGCUGAUUCGUUUCUUCCUUCACAGCUCCUUUCUACCACCGAUUUAUCCAAACAUGUCGACAUGGAUACUUCCACCAUGCCUUCCGCACCCGUGAAUAAUAACAUCUCACCUGCUGCUUCCUCUUUCCCAGUCAUUCCAUCUGCUCCUAGUACCUCGCCGAUGGCUUCUACUACGUUUUUUGAGCCUACCGAGUUUGCGACUCCCCACGAUCAGCAGUCAACAUUAGAACACCCCAGGUCCUUGCUGGAAUGGUCUAGUCAGAUGUCGUCUCACACGACCCCUAUGGCUGGUGCCAGCAUCCCAGUUACUUCUUUAAAGUCGUUCUAUAAAAUGGCUUACGAAGCUGCUAAAUUAUGUAACCUAAAUCCAGCUGCUUUGGAACCUUUCGAAAAACAAAUGUUGUCCGACAGACUACAGGAUCCUCCAGUUUUGUUUCACUACCUACAAGUUCGGAACUCUAUCUGCUGGUUAUGGCGUAGAAAUCCUACUCUUCCGAUUUCCAAGGUUGAGGCUCAAGGCGUUUGCGCCGACAGAUGCUUGUUUCCUUUGGCUAUUUUGGCUUACGAGUUUCUUGUAAGGUAUGGAUACAUUAAUUACGGGUGUCUAUCUUUUGAAUCUAUCGUUACCCCCAAUAUUCAAAACACCUCGCCUUCACCACAAGACAAGCAAAAAACUAUUGUCGUUGUGGGUGCCGGCCUCACUGGUCUUGCUUGUGCUAGACACCUGACGUCUCUCUUUACUCAGUUUUCUUCUUCAUUUUCUUCCAAAGGAGAAUCCAUCCCCAAAAUUAUCCUGUUAGAAAGUAAACAAAGGACUGGUGGCCGAAUUUACAGUCGUGUCAUUCCUCCCAGCAAUACCCCUUUCUCUGAAAGAGAUGCUUUGCACGAUUUGGCCGGCAUUACAGAAGCUAUAGAUUUUGGAUUCCAAUAUUUAACUUCUGGAUCGGAUAACGUGUUAUUCACCCUUAUAGAACAACAACUGGGUUUGCAGACGCUUCCCUUGAAGGGUUUUGAUCUUUUACACGAUGAACAAGAAAAUAAAAUGUUUGAUAUUACUGAUUCAAAACGGUUGGAGGCUUUAUGGACAAGACUUCUGCACCUAGCUUCUUUCUUAACGAGUGAAUCUUCCGAGAUGGUUUCCAAUAAUCAAUUCUUACAAAAAUUUCAGUCUUUUUUAGAUGAGAUUAGUCCGAACCAUAACCCUGGUCCUUUUAUUAUUGAGAAUAUGUCACACAUGUCUUUCAAGGAAAGUCUCAUUUUACUUAUCCAGAAAAGUUCCUCUUACUUGAAACUAACGUCAAAAGAAAAGCGGUUUUUAACAUGGUCGUUUGUUACAAAUGAUAUGGAUGACAUUUUGCAUGCUUCCAAGAGCUCUUCUGAUGGGGACUUUGAUUCAGAAAGUUUGACCCCCAGAGUGGUUAAAAAUGGACUCUCCCAAUUAAGCUGGGCCUUACAGUCCUAUCCAUAUCCGCUAAAUAUACAAUAUGGAAAGAGCGUCUGCGAAAUUAGAAACGAGAUUUCAAAAUGCUUUGUACAUUGUACCGAUUCUAGUGUUUAUGAGGCCGAUCAUGUUGUAAUGGCUUGUUCACCAUAUCAUUUUACCUCCGAUAUAAAUAUUCAACCACCUCUUCCUUCCCAAGUGGUUGAUAUCCUGAAAACUACGCAAUAUGCUUCCGGAAAAAAAUUAAUUCUGAGGUAUUCGAAAGUUUUUUGGAAAAGAGAUAUACGAUCGUUUGGUUUACUGCCUCUCUACGAUAAUGUUGAAGACGAUUUAAGUUUUACUGCUACUGGAAAUUCCAUGCCGGUAUCCAGGGUAUGGAAUAUGUUUCCAAUAACGGAGCAACCCAUUUUAGUCGCUGAUGUGACGGAAUCUGCUGUUGGCACAGGAAAUGAAGGCUCGUCGUUAAUUCAGCUUUUAAAUUCCUGGUUAAUUAACCAUUUUGCUGAUCAAGCGAACGACUCUGCCGAGCUUUUGGACUGUUGGGAAGUAAAUUGGUCUAACGGAAAUCCUCUUGAUGGAUUAUUUGUUCAGAAAAGUAAUGUUCCUGACUCUGCUGUCAUACAAAAAGGUGGUUCUUUCAAUUUGGGAUGCCUCCACUUUGUAGGAGAUUAUUUACAACCUGCGAUUACCGGUUCUUCAAUAUCAAAGUCAUAUUUAGCAGGUAUUUCCGUUUGUACGGAAAUAAUUAAUGAUCUGGCACAAGUCGGGCUUACACUACCUGUAAUGGGUGAGACGGCUCGUAAUGAGCUUGAAGAGUAUAUGCAACGAACAACAACCAAACAUCAUGAUACUGAUGCAGAAGUUCAGCGACAUCUUUCCUAUCGCGCUAGAUAUCGUCUCAAGCGGCAAGAACGUUUGGACGAACAUAAAGAAGAAAGUGAAUUGUUAGUUACCGAGCUCCUAGGCUAUAUACCUGAACCUCCCAUUAAGCCAAGUGCAAAUCCGUUUUUGUUGUAUCAAAAAAUGCAGUGGCAUGUAUGUCGAGCACUUGCUGAUGAUGAAAAGAAAAAACUUACGGGUGAUAGCGAAGCGAAAGCUACUAUAAACGAAAUUCGUGCAAAACUCGGGAAAUCAUGGCGACAACUGGAUGAUUUAGGUAAAAAGCCAUGGGUUGAAGAGAUUGCAGCUCGGCGAGAAGCUUAUGCUGGAAAAAAUAUGCGUUAUCAACAAUUAGCCAAAGAGUAUGAACUACGAGCCGAACAGAUUCGAAAUGAUCAUUCUGUCAAAGCUCGUGAUGAGCCUAUUCCGGAAGAUGAAACUCGACUUUACAUUUUAGCUCAAAGAGAAGAAGCCGAACAGAAAAAUAUAGUUGAUGAAGGCGAUGGCUCUCAAAGUGCUGAGGGCAGUGAUGAAGAAUACCGUGAUGACGGUAAUUCCUCAGAUUCUGGCGGCAAUGCUCAUGAUUAGAGCUUACUUUUUUCAAAAGAAUUGCUGAUUUUAUUGAAAGUCUUUAAUUUUUGGGUCAAUAAAAAACAAAAAGAAAAAGGAUAGAUAGGACUGUAUAUAUAUAUCGCAUAUGUAUAUUGAAUAUUUAAUUUAGCUUAUGAUAUGUACUUUAGGUAAUGAAUUAGAAUUGUUUCACCGA